AUGGAUAGUUAAAAAAAGCAAUAGAAAAAUAAAUAAUCUUAAUAAAGAUUGCUUUAAUUAGAUUAAUAUUUCAUAGAAUUAGAUAAUAUAAAAGGAUCAGGUUCAUGUGGACGUGUAUAUAUGGGUUUUCAAACUAAAAAUUAAAAAAAAAUCGUCAUAAAAUGCAUUCUUUUAUCAGCUAAAAAUGAAAUUACAGACUCAAUUUUAACAGAAAUAAAUUUAUUAAGAAAACUCUAACACUAAAACAUAGUUAAAUUUAUAGAUGCAAAAAAAACAAAAGAUGCUAUGUAUUUAAUGCUAGAAUUUUGUAAUGAAGGAACAUUAGAAGAUUAUAUAAAUGCUUAUAAUUUAAAUGAAGAAUAAAUACAAGAUUUAUUUAAAUAAAUAUGUUCUGCAUUUAAAUAUUUAUACGAUAAUGAUGUUUUACACGGAGAUGUUAAACCAAGUAAUAUAUUAUUGCAUAAUGGUUAGUGUAAACUUGCUGAUUUUGGUGUGAGUAAAAACGUAUAUAGAAAUUAGGAAAAUAUUACGCAUAGGGGUACAUAAAAAUAUAUGGCCCCAUAAAUAAUUAAUGGAAAUUCAUACACAUCAAAGUGUGAUAUUUGGUCUUUAGGUGUUACUUUAUAUUUUAUGUUUUUUAAAGAAGUUCCUUGGGAAAACAUAUCUAACGAUGCCACAUUUAGAAGUACAAUUUUGUCUUUCAAUUUUUAAGAAUUUAUUAAAUAAAACACUUUGUCACGGAAAUUAUCUGAUUUUUCUAUUAAUUUAUUAAAUUAAAUGAUCGUAGUUAAUGAAGAUUAAAGGAUUUCUUGGCCUGAUUUAUUCGAUUUGGUAUUAGAUAAAUGUCAAAAUGAAAAUUUCGAUAAUAAUAACAAUAUUUUUGAAAGUAUUAAUUGUGAGGAAAAUGAAUUAAAUAUUGAAAUAGAAGACAUAGAAUAAAAUGCAAAUCUUGCCAAUUAAAAGCAUUUCGAUUACAAUGAAAAAAUACUAAAAGGGAAAGAAGCAAGAAAUAAAUUAGAAAUGGAGAUUUAAAAAGCUGAUUUUUUUGCUAAAAUAGCUAAACAACUAGAAGAAUAAAAAAGAGAAAAAGAAAAUAUUCCAAAUGAUUUAUAUAUUAAAUGUUCUUUUUUAUUAUGGAAAAGAGCAUUUUCCUUAUUUAAUUAUUUAGUAGAAUUAGUUUCUUUUGAUAAUGUAAAUAAAGCUGGAAUACUAGAAAUAAAUAAAUAAAAAUGGGAAACAUAUAUAACAUCCAAUGAUUGGAAGUAUGAAUUAAAAAGAUAAAGAAAAGUAAUUUUUUAGAAAAAAUAAGAUUGUUAAAAAAUGUACAGUAAAUUUAUUGAUGAAAUGGAUUCUGCGUUAAAAAAUAUGCCUGAUUUUAAUCUAAUUGAUAGAGGAAAUGCUUAUAAUUUUAAAGUUUUCGAAGAAAAUGAGAACCUUAUUUAAGCCUUUAAUGAUAAUUUUAUUUAAUUAUUUAAUAAUUUUUAUAAAGAAAUUAAUGAGGUGAGGAAAUAAUAAGGUAUAUUAAAUUUUUAAAUUAUUAAAAAAGAAACUGGUAUUAAUUUACUGUUUAUGUAUGAUUUAAUCGGGGUGCUAUGUUUUAGAAAUAUUUAAGAUUGCUAAAUAAUAAAUAAAUUAAAUAAAUAUUAUGAAGAUAAACUUGAAUGUGACUAAAACGAAAUUAUUUAUAGAAUUGAUUUAAUGCAUAAUUAUUGGAUUGAUUAAUCAAAUGUUGAUAAAUAAUUAUGA